AACACCAUUGCAGUUUCGAUACAGACUACGCUGGUACGUGUUAGGAAAACAUUCAUCAGAUGUGUUCACCGCCAGUAAUAUCAGCAUGCAAGAUUCGGAUGAAAUGUGCUUAACUAGCGAUAUCGACUUCGGCGAAGAGGACAAAAAAGAAACAGAGGAAAAUAAAGAGAAAAAAACCGAUGGUUAUGACGAGGCUGAGUUAAUGCUAGAGAACAUGCAAUAUAAUACACAUUCGGAUAGAAGCUUCGAUACAGAAUAUUUACAUGAAUUUAUGGAAUUUGAAGAAGAAAACCCUGAGGAUAAUGAUCUUGACACAGGUAUAGAUAUACAAUAUUCCCCAACUGAAGAUGAAUUGAAGCUUUUGGAUCAAGUGGAAGAAUUGAACGUAGUUGAUGUCAUAAAAGGAGAGGGCCUUAAAUACAUCGCAGGUUAUGCGUCUUUUAGAUUUCGGAGUGAAUUUCCGUUUUUAGGAACCCCAACAGAAUUGUUGAUUAAUCCAGAUAAUGACUGGAUUAAUUAUAUUUCUAAAGGAAAAUUAAUCAACCCUUGUACGGAAUUAUUUGAAACGGCGAAAAUCAUGGAAAAAUUAUUUCAAGAUUAUCAUGGUUCUUCUAUUUGUAAAGAGCCAUGGAUUUUUAACACAUUAGCAUCAAAAAUCAUCGAAUUACAAGACAAAAACUGCCUGGUAAUACCGAAGAAAGUAUUAUUAUGCUUAAUACGUACAAGGACAUAUAUUCGUGUUCGAGAAUUAAACAAAAAAUUAAAAAGUGACGCAUAUAAAAGAAAGAAAAUUAAAAAAAUAAGCAAAAUUACUAAUACUAAAAAAUAA